AUGAUGACUAUAGUAAAGCUCAAUACGUUAUCAACGAAUGAUAAAGUAUACUACAAAAAAGAAAUAAUAACUAUCGUAGAAUUCUUAUUGUUACAGAUACUCAUAAUCGUCCUUCUGAUAAAAGCAGCGUCUUGCAGUGAAAUAUCAAAAGUCUUAGGAGAGAGGGUAAAUUAUAAUAUAACAAAACUAUAUCCAGUGAAAAAUAUCACUUACCACGUAAAAGAAAACGACAACGUUGUCUCUGAACAGAAACUCGAUCAAGACAAUAAAAUCUUAGAAAGAAAUGUUAAUAAUAAAGUCGAUAUCAAAUCUUCUAAGCAUUCAUCUGAAUAUAAUAGCGAAGAAAGUAAUGAAAUGAAAAAUAACCUUGAAUCUGAAUUAGGGGAAAAAGACGUCAAAUCAGAGCCCAGGAAUCUUAAAGUUAAUAAAACUACUUGGACCAUAGACGCAGCUUAUGACUCUUCGAAGAUUAAAGAAAAUGACGACCACAAAAAUAAAACAUAUAAGGAUAGUAAUAGUAGUUUUAAGAAUGAAACCAAAGGAAAAGAAUUUAAGCCGAGCCCACAUCUAGGAAGUUUUUACGAAGAAGGUACUUUCAUUAUACCACCGCAUUCAACGGAGGAGUCAUUCUUCCCCUUUGACAAGCCAUCAUCAGGGUUUACCAGUUUUCCAAAAGACUUCAUCCAAUUGCAAUACAAAAAACCACUCGAUGCCUACCCGCCCCAUAUACAUUCUCAAUAUAAUUUCGAGAACAAUAUACCCAGUAAGGAGCAUUUCGAGACAGGACUAGAGGCUCGGCCUACAGUUGAGACCCCCGUGAAUAUCCCUGCGGGAGGCCUGUACCAGCGGCCAGAUUUGUUCAAAGAAAAACCUGGUACAGACGGAGAUGACGCAAAUUUUGGAUUAGAAUUUAAUGAUGAAAAGAAUGUUGCGAUCAAACAAAGAAGAGUGAACCCUUGGAAAAGUGUACUGAAUUUUGUCACCGCGCUCAUCCCGGUCGGCAUCAUCAUAUCAGCCUUGACACCUAGCAUCAUCACUUUAGAAAACGUCGACAACAAUCAA